AUGGCUUCUUCCCCUACACCACCGCCCAUUCGCACCGUCCUCGCCGCCACCCUGCUCCUCCUCGUGUACCUCCUGCCGCACAAUGCCGCCGCUGCCGCCGCCGCCGCCGGAGCCGGCGCGUCGCCUGCGGUGAACCCGUUCACGGCGAAGGCGGCAUUCAUCCGGUACUGGAACCGCAAGGUGCCCAACAACCGCCCGCACCCAGCCUUCUUCGUCGCCAAGCUCUCCCCGCUCCCGGCCGCCGACUCCGCCUCCUUCCCCUCGGCACUGCCCGACAUCCACGCCCGCCUCCCCGCACUCUGCACCAAGGCCGCGCUCCUCUGCCCCGGCCCGGCUACCACCGACGCGGCGUCGCUGGCGGCGUCGGGCCCCAGGGGCGGGGGGCCGUUCAAGGGCUACAGCAACGCCAACUUCUCCAACUACGGCACCGGCGGCGUAGCGGGGGCCGACUCGUUCCGGAACUACUCCCCGGACCUCAACGUCGCCGCCGACAGCUUCCGCCGCUACGGCCGGGACUCGUCGGGACGCGCCGACAGCUUCACCUCCUACGAGGCCGACGGCAACGUGGUGACCGCGAACUUCACCUCCUACGCGGGCGGCGCCACGGGCGGCUCGGGCUCCUUCGCCGCGUACGCCGCCGAGACCAACGUCCCAGACUCCACCUUCACCAACUACGACGCCGGCGCCAACGGCCGCGGCCGCAGCUUCGCGUCCUACUCCCAGGAGGCCAAUCACGGGGAGAACGGCUUCUCCGGCUACGGCAAAGACGGCAACGGUGUGCGGGAGACGUUCUCGUCCUACGGCAACGAGUCCAACGUGCUGGCCUCCGCCUUCGCCAACUACGGGCAGUCCGCCAACGGCGCCACGGACACCUUCACGGGGUACGGAGUGGAGGGGAACGUCCCCGAGAACACGUUCCGGAACUACGACGCCGGCGGGAACGCCGGCGUGGACACCUUCAAGAAGUACCGCGACGACGCCAAUGUCGGCGAUGACAGGUUCACCUCCUACGCCAAGGGCGCCAACGGCGGCGCCGCGGAGUUCGAGAGCUACGGCAACUCGGCCAACCCGGGCAGCACCACCUUCAAGGGCUACGGCGAGGGCACCAACCCCAACCACCACAUUGGGUUCAAGGAGUACGCCGGCGAGAACAACACCUUCAAGGGCUACGCCAAGACCGGCGUCAGCUUCAAGGAGUACCACAACACCUCUACUGGGGCGUUGACGGUGUCGGCGGAGGCGGCGGCAUCGAUGCAGCACCACGAGCACCUGAAGUGGUCGCCGGAGCCCGGCAAGUUCUUCAGGGAGCGUGAGCUGGUGGCCGGGAACCGAAUGCCGAUGCCGGACAUCAGGGACAAGAUGCCGCCCCGGGCGUUCCUGCCCCGGGCCAUCGCGGCGAGGAUCCCGUUCGAGCACCGCGCCGUGUCGGAGGCGUUCGGCUUCCCCCUCGACACGGCGAUGGGGAAAGCCGUGUCCUCGACGGUGGCGGAGUGCUUGCGAGCGCCGAGCAAGGGCGAGACGAAGCGGUGCGCGACGUCGGCCGAGGACGUGGUGGACUUCGCCGUGGAGACGCUGGGCGACGACAUCGUGGUGCGCAGCACGGCGUCGACGGCGGGCAGCGGCGGCGACGUCCGGCUCGGGACGGUGAUGGGCGUGGACGGCGGCCGGGUGACGCAGUCCGUGUCGUGCCACCAGAGCCUGUUCCCGUACCUGGUGUACUACUGCCACUCGGUGCCCAAGGUGCGGGUGUACGAGGCCGACAUCAUGGCCGCCGAUGGCUCGGACGCCGACGAGAAGAAGAUCAACCACGGGGUGGCCAUCUGCCACCUGGACACGUCGGACUGGAGCCCGAGCCACGGCGCAUUCGUGGCGCUCGGCGGAAAGCCCGGCGAGGUGGAGGUGUGCCACUGGAUCUUCGAGGGCGACAUGACGUGGACAGUCGCAGAUUGA